GUGUUAGGGGGGAGGGGGGGUGUUGGGGAACAGCAGGGAGCCGUGCCCCGUGGCCAGGCUGUCCCCCAGGUGAGGCAUGAAGACCUUCCCCCCCAUCACAGGGUCAGCCGCGGCAGGAGGUGUACAUAGAUACUGUUACCUCACCUACAUGUGUGCAUCUGCUGUGUUCCGGCCACCCCCCCCCUCCCAACGGCAAAGCCUUUCCCUGACUCACGCACACCGGGGGGAAGGGGAGAGGGGAAGGAAGGGGGGCGCCGUCCACCCACUGCUGGACAGGGAAAUGACGCACGAGGGAAGUGGGGAUGUGGGGAGCAAUGGGAAGGGGUCCCGGGUGGCGUCAUGCCGCCCGUCCCGCCAUCGUGGGGGCGCAGACCCCGAGAGUGGAUGGGUGCGGGCGGGAGCAACAGAUUACACCACGUUGGGGAAGUGGGGACUGCGGUUGAGGGAGGGGCGUGAGUGGCCUGGAGUCAGGAGUGUCUGUGGCGGGCCGGGGAGCUGGCGGCGGGGGCGGCGGUGAUGGGGGUGACGAAGGGGGUGGCGGGAGGCAGCGCGGCGCGGCGGUCAGCACAGGCAGCAGCACCAACAGCAGUCUUCCAGUCCCCACCGCGCUGUGCACACCGCCCUCCGACACCCGCGCCGCCCGUCAAGGCUGAGUGUCGCCGCGCCGCGCAGAGUGCCGCAGUGCCGAAGUGCCGCCGCCCACACAGUGCCAAGCAGCGAGGCGGCCCCGCGCCCCUCAGCCCGCCACAACCCGCCAUGGCCCUUAGCGCCCUGCUGCCACCGCCCGGCGCCGCUUUCCUGCCCUUGCACCAGCCCAUCAUGCAGCUGCCCAUGCCACGUCCCAGGGCGUACCGAGGCUUCAGUGCUGACAGCCUGGUGACCCCGCGCCGCCCCCUGCCCGUGUCCGCCACGCUGGCUGACCACCGCCUGCAGGACCUGCUGGCCCGGCGAGACCCGCCCGUCUUGCCCGCCGCCACCACCUCCACCACUACCACGCCCGCCUCCACCACACCCACUUCCACCACCACCGUCACCACCGCCGCGCCCACCACCUUCGUGAGAGCCACGUCGCGGUGGAGCGCUGCGCCGCGUGAAGCGCCUCGCUUCGUGAGUCAGUUCCACUCCGGGCCGCUGCAGUCCCGCAAGGGCGGCGACCACGGGGAUGACGACGGCGUGGUGCUGCUGGUGGGGCUGUUCAACCUGCUGGCGGUGGUGGUGUACGCCGCGCAUCGCCACCUGCGCGCCGAGCCGCAUGCACUGUCUGAGCGCGUGAUCCAGUGGCAGGUGCAGAAGGUGCUGGACGAGCUGGUCAUCAAGGUGCACAGCUCGAGCUACGCCGCCAACCUGCUGUCCCGCGCCAUGCCGCACGACGCGCCCCUCCAGCACGCCCGUGCCGCGCCCGCCGCCACGCCCUGGCACCUGCUGCUGCUGCGACAGGCCAGGGCGCUGCUGCUACACCAGGACCCCGAGGCGGCCCGCUGGCUACAGGACGCCCGCCGCCGCCUCCUGCAGGACGUGGCCGCCUCGCCCGCCGCCCUGCACGCCACCACGCUGCGCCCCGAGAUGUACGCCCCCGUGCACGCCCUCUACACAGCCCUCGCCACCGGCCGCGCCGCCGCCGCCCUGGAGGGCGUCCUGGCCGCGGCGGAGGGCGAGCAGGGCCGCGCCCUGGAAGGCCGCACGCCGCACCUCGCCGCCCUACUGGACAGCCUGGCGCACCUCGACACCCCGCAGCUGCGCUCCCUCCUCGCUGCCCUCACCGCCCUUGGCCGCGCCCAGCAGCGGGUCAACGUGCUGCCACGCCUCUCCUCGCUCCUAGGAGCCGCGGCGCCCCCCGUGCCCACCAAGGUGCGGGCACGCCGGGCCACGGGUCAGCGCCAGGCCAGGGCGGCCAGCGCGAGGCGGCCGCGGCGCAUCAUGCGGCGGCAGGGCAAGGUGGUGGAGGAGGGCUCCGGUCACUGGACGGACCGCUGGUUCUCGCUGGUGACCAAGGCGGCGCCCGUGGGCCUGGACCUCACCACGCUGUACGCCAGGGCGCGGGCACGUCCCACCUGCCUCAGGGCGCUGCUGUGCCGUGCCAACAACGCCUGGCGCCAGGUGGGCCCUCUGCAGGCCGCCCUUACGCCCUUCACCAGCGUCGUCUUAAGCUGGGUACUGGAGGACACUGCACCACACUCCCUGGGCGACUCCCUCAUCGCAAUCCGGGCCGGUUGGAUGGGCAAGCCGUGUGCUGUUCUUUACCCAGAGUGCCGUCUCACCCCUGACCCCCACCCUGCUGCCAAGGAAGCCAUCACUUUCUUCUCCAGAUUACAAUUUGCCGCCACCCAACCAAAAGAGGAGGUCCCCCCACCCACCCUCCCCCAUGCCCAACAACAACAACAACAAAAACAACAACAACAACAACAACAACCAUCAUCCUCUACCACCACCACCACCCACAACAACAACAACAACAACAAAAAGAACGACAAACAAGAAAACAAAACAGAUUACCAAAACACUCACACCUCUUCUUCCUCCUCUUCCUCUUCCUCUUCCUCAUACAUUCCCAGUGCAUACAGCCCCCCAGCCUCAUCCCUUAACCCUUCUUACACUCAAAUAUCAUACCAGGGCACAGAGGACACAUACACAGCCCCACAGCAGCCUGGACACUCAUACACUCACUACACUGACACCUACACAGCUCCUGGACAAGAGACUGGAGGAGGAGAAGGAGGAGGAGAGGGCUUAAACACAGGAUUCUUAGGAGGAGAAGAAGAAGGAGGAGGAGACUUAAACGCAGGAAUAUUACAAGGAGGAGGAGGAGAAACAGGAGGAGCUAACACAGACAAGGACCUAAUUAACCUAUAUUACAACAGGUAUGGUGGGAAAGGCCCCAUGGCACUACCAGGCACCCAAUACACCACUAAAUAUGCACACAGGAACCCUGAAGACACACACACACAGGAGACUGAGCAGACCCAAACACUGCAGGAAAAAAUUGACAGACGCGAUGACACACACAACCACCACCUCCUCCUGCCUGACCUCUCAACACCACACCACCACCACCACCACCACCAGACGCUCCACAGCCUCCCAAAUGAGCUUUAUGAGAAAUACGAGAGCCCAGAUUCUAGUGUGGGCGAGGAGGGAGAUGUCCUGUCCUCUGGGAGUGUGUCUGGCAUGGCCCUGCAAGACCCGCCAGCUGCAAAUACGGCCGUCACAUGGCAGCAGUUCUUCAAUGCAGGAUUGUAUGGGAGUUCAGGCCAGCAAAAGGUGCCUGAAGGAGGUGCAGUAGGAGGAACAGCAGGAACAGGAGUUAUUGCAGGAAGGCCACGAGAACACCCACAACACCCACAGCACACAGCGAACCACAAGAUCGGGGUAGCGGGUGCCGGGAGACAGCCCCUCAAGACCUACCACCACCAUCACAACCACCACCAGCACAGUAAGACCAGCCAACCAGUCAGCCAGCCAGCCAGACCAAGUAGACCAACCUUUUUGCUACGCCCACACCUGCAGCAGUACAGCCACAACCAGCAGCCUGUCAAGAAGUACAAGUAUGGCCUCCGUCGCGGCCUCCCAGCAGGAAACGUCAAUAAUAAUAAGUACGACGAUAAUUUUUCCAUCAACUACAAGUACGACGAAUCUUCAAUGAGCAAUGACAUACACCAACCACACAAGGCCUGGUACUCAUACACCGCAAGGCCUGACACUUACCACUACCACACUACCACACCUAUCACCACCACCACCACCACUACUACUACUAAGAGGCCGACGCGUGACAUAGACCCCUUUGGCCCUGAGGACGCAGUGACAAGUGUACUGAGAAAUGAGUUACUGUACGAAUUUGUAAGGGACAGGCAGGGAUUCGUGAAGGAUGAGGAGGAGGAAGAAGAGGAGGAGGACAAGGAGGAAGGAAGGAGUGUAAGGUAGAGGAUGAUAUAGGUCUACUUAAUGGUUUUAAUGGUCAGUUGAAAAGUAAAUAGGAGGAGGAAGAUAAGGAGAAGGAUAGAAGUGCAAUAAAGGAGAGGGGAAAUAGUGAAAAUAGUAAGAGGGUGAUAGGAUAAUGGGUGCUUGAUAAAUUAGAAGGAUACAAAGGAGGAAGGAGAGAAUAUUGAUUGGAAAUUAAAAUGAGUGAAUAGAGAGGAGGGAGAAAUGUCCAUCUUGAAGAAAGGAGGGAAAGAAAACGAGAGCAAAAAAGGAAAAAAAAAAGAAAAGAAGAAAACUCAAUCAGGGAGAAGGGAAAUAAAAAAGGGAAGAAACAGAAGAGAAAAAAGAAACACAGAAAAACACUAAAAAAAAAAAUAAAAAAAUAAAACAGAAAAUAAAGAACAAGUGAAAAGACAACACAAACACAAAAAGAAAAAAAGUAACAAUGAAAAGAAACCAGAAAAACAAAAAGAAAAGAAAAAUCAGACAAAAAAAUAUAACAGCAUUCAUAAUUAUACCAAACCUACCUACCUCCUCCUCCUCCUCCUCCUCCUCCUCCUCCUCUUCCAAACCCCAAACAGGACAACAAACAGUGCAAUGUAUCAUAGUGAAGGUAGUGAUGGUGGUGGUGAUGGUGACAUAGCUUGUAUAUUUAAGUGACAGGCUUGGGAACUAUGGAUGUUCGAGAGAGAGAGAGAGAGAGAGAGAGAGAGAGAGAGAGAGAGAGAGAGAGAGAGAGAGAGAGAGAGAGAG